GGAAGAACACCCCAAAGAAAGCAACAUAUGUUUCGACACUACUUUGAUAAAAUUAAUUAAUUUCUUUAUUAAAGAAAAAGAUUUUAUCGAUUGAAAUAUAUUAUAUGAAAGGCCAGUAAGUGGCACUAUCUUACGGUUUUAAAUGGAAAUAAAUAGUCACGUGUUCUCUGCAGCAAAUUUCUGAAACUUCUGGUGAAUGUUCUGAGAUCUCUUGAUUGCUCUUGAUCGUGGUGAUGGUAAAAGGGUAAAAGGAAAGUAGCUAUGAACAGUUUAUUAAUGGGUCGCCGAGUUGUUGCUUAAUCGUGAACAGUGACGAUUUGGAAGUUGUAGAUUCCUGAGGUUCUAAUCAUUGUAAACUGAAUAUACUUGAACAAAACGUCGUGACAUAACCUCUAACUUUGAAAAGAUGUCGCACAAUCAUAUGAUGCUCACGUUAAAUUCUUCCGGCGGUCAUAUGGAUCAUUCGGCCAUGGAUCAUGGAAAUCAGGACCAUCAUAUGGAUCACGGGAGUAUAAAUCAUGGCGAUCACAGCACAAUGGAUCACAGUGGUCACGAAAUGUCUGGAUGCGGUGGCGAUCAUUCAAUGCAUGGAAUGAUGAUGGCCUUUCACGGUGGAUAUUGCGAAACAGUUUUAUUCGAAUGGUGGAAGAUUUCAUCCGUCGGCGGACUCAUUGGCUCUAUCAUUGGAAUUAUUAUAAUGGCCGCUCUUUACGAAGGACUCAAAUAUUAUCGAGAAUAUCUCUUCUGGAAAACGUACAAUGCACUUCAAUAUCGAAGUGUUACAAUGCCACAGGAAAAGAAUGUUGUUGCUGAGGAUAAUCGCGUUGUACAGCCAACAAUGCUGUCUUGGAUGCACACAUUCCAAACAUUUUUACACAUCAUACAAAUCGUUCUCUCGUACUUUUUGAUGCUGAUCUUCAUGACAUACAACGUUUGGUUGUGUUUUGCUGUUGUAUUAGGAGCGGCUAUAGGAUAUUUUCUUUUUGGUUGGAAGAAAUCCGUUAUUGUUGAUGUUACGGAACAUUGUCAUUAGUGAAGAAUUAAAAAUAAACCACAAGUAAGUUCCUACCAGUGGAAUAUGCGAGUAUUCUUUUCUUUUUCUUUUGGUGACAGAAAGAAAAAGAAAUCAAGAGGAAUACUUUAUAGUGUUAAUUUUAAAUUGCUUGCUAUAACAAUAAUAUUGUAAAUUUUUAAAAUUAGUUUUUGUAAUUUUGUCAAACGCUAGUGACAAAAUUUCAACGAAAAUAAGACUAACGAUUGUAAUUUUAUUUUUAUUUUUCUUUGUAAAAGAAAAUUUUUAGAAAUUAUAGACUACUCGAAAUAGCAAAAUUGAUUGCUAUUUUGAAUAUCAAAACACGACUAUAAAAUUUGUUUAUGAAUCAAUUCUUCCGCUAUUUUUUCGAUAGCGAAUUUUUAUUGUAUGAAUGCGACUAAUUUAAAGAAAGUAUUAAAAGCAAGAGUUGAUCUCUGAAAUUAAUUGUAAAUACUACAAAAUUAUGUGUAUAAGUUUUUUAGAC